AUGACACUCGACCUGUUCCAAGAGAUGGUGGAGAAGUUAACCCCUCACCUUAUGAAACAGACCACAUUCAUGAGAGAACCGCUUGAAGUUGGACUCAAGCUGGCUGCCACCCUCCGCUUCCUAGCCACUGGAAAUUCCUAUCCAAGGCUACAGUACAGCUUCAGAGUUGAAGCAAGUACAAUCUGCAAGUUCUUACCAGAGGUGUGCAAAGCCAUCAUUGAGGUCUUCAGGGACGAAGUGCUCAGCUGCCCCAAAACUGAAGAAGAGUGGAAGGAGGUUGCUGAGCUGUUCAGCUCCAGAUGGAGCUACCACAACUGUCUGGGGGCCCUGGACGGCAAGCACAUUGCUAUGAAGAAGCCACCCAAAGCAGGCUCCCUCUGUUAUAAUUACAAGGGCUUCCACAGCAUUGUACUCAUGGCAGUUGCAGAUGCUGGGUAUAAGUUCUUGUAUGUUGAUGUUGGGACAGAGGGUGGUGCCCCAUUGAGCCAGUCCUUCUGUCUCUUGUCAUGCAGCUGUGGGUAG